AUGUCGUCCAGACUUCGGUCUAAGAAAACGCGUCUACGCAACUUGAUGACGUCUUUCAACGGUAUUUACCUGCUGAUGGAGCAGUAUGAUCCAGAGCAACAUUGGUGUGAGCUGGCUUCGCGGUUGGAGAAGCUGGAGCCGCUGUGGGAACAAAUCAAUGAAGCGAUGACGGAGACGGAGAUGGUCGACAGCGAGGAAGGUUCAUCGGAAGAACGGUAUGUUAAGGAACGAAUUGAAUUCCAGAAUAAAUUCUUUGCUGUGAAGGCAUUCCUGCAAAAUAAACUUCGAGAGUGUUCCGAUCGCAACGCCGCGCUGCCCCAGGUUCUCGAGUCCAGCGUAAUUACCAGCUCGCAUUCUCACCCUCAUGUAAAACUACCGAUGAUAAGUCUACCGAAAUUUUCCGGAAACAUUGAGGAGUGGUUAGCUUUUCGCGACCUCUACGUGUCAUUGAUCCACUUAUCUUCAGACCUUCCCGAAAUAGAGAAGUUUCAUUAUCUACGGAGUCAACUAGAAGGGGAAGCAUUGACACUGAUUUCAUCCCUCGCUAUAACCCAAGCGAACUACGAGGUCGCGUGGAAUUUAUUGGUAAAACGGUACUCAAAUAGUAAGUUGCUCAAGAAAAAGCAAGUCCAGAAACUUUUCGAACUGCCUACGGUUAAAAGGGAAUCGGUCGUGGAACUUCAAAGGUUGGUUGAUGGAUUUGAAAAGGCGACUAAAGUGCUGGAUCAGGUGGUAGAGGCAGCAAAUUAUAAGGACCUAUUAUUGAUCCAUUUGCUUUGUUCACGGUUAGAUGACAAAACUCGACGCUGCUGGGAGGAAUAUUCUUCGUCAUUGGAAGAGGAGAGUGUUAAGGAUAUUGUGGAAUUCCUUCAACGUCGGGUUCGGAUUCUGGAAUCACUCCCUUGUAAACAACCGGAAUCAUACCCACCGAUGGUUAGGAAGGUCCAAUCGUCAAAGCUUGCUAGUCAUAGCACCAUUCAAACUACCCCGAAGAAAUGUUUUUCGUGUGCAGACUCGCAUCCUUUGUACAUCUGUCCUAAAUUUGCCAGGCUCUCAGUUAGCGAGAGGGAAAAUUUACUUCGACAAAAUUCACUGUGCAGAAACUGCUUUCGAAAAGGACAUCAGGCUCGUGAAUGCUCAUCGAAAUUCUCAUGUCGUCGAUGUAAACAGCGUCAUCAUACCUUGGUUUGCUAUAAACCGGAAGAUACACAUGGGAAUCAACAACCAAAUACCUCAAUCCAAUCAACCGUUCAGGGUGGCAGUUCUAAUACGGAAGACCAUACAAUCAUCCCAUCUCAUACCAAUUCGGUAAUGGUUAGCAGUACCAUAAACAGGAAGACGAAAAGGGUGCUUUUGGCGACAGCAAUCGUUAUGGUCGAGGACGAUUUUGGAAACCAAUUCCCGGGAAGAGCACUCCUAGAUUCUGGUUCAGAGUGUAACAUUAUUUCCGCUCAUCUUUCACAGAAACUACGUGUGAAACGAGUAAAAUCAAAUGUACAAAUAUCAGGUGUCGGACAAGUCUCAGCCAGUACAUCAGAGAAAAUUCAAGCUACAGUGAAAUCAAGGUUAACCGACUACAGAGAAACCAUGGAAUUUUAUGUUUUAUCCAGGGUAACUGAGGAUUUGCCAACCACCACCAUUGAUAUCAACUGUGAUUUACCGGUAGGCGUGCAAUUGGCCGAUCCUGAAUUCUUCAAAACUAAUUCGAUUGAUUUACUUCUUGGAGGUGAAUUUUUCUUCAACUUUUUCCCAUCAAAGCAACGGAUGCCCCUGGGAAAUCACUUACCGACACUCAUUGAUUCGGUGUUUGGUUGGGUGGUCACUGGACGAUGUGGUUGGGAUAAUGGAAAGUCUCCUAUCGUUUGCCAACACUCGACGAUAUCGGAGUCACUGGAAAGACUGAUGCAACGAUUCUGGGAAUGCGAGAAUGAAGGUUCGCAAUCAAACUACUCUCUGGAGGAAUCCCAAUGUGAAGAGUAUUUUUUAAGAACAGUGAAGCGAGGUCAGGAUGGUCGCUACACAGUUGGUUUGCCAAAAGCCACGGAAAACUUUGCAAGGUUGGGUGAUACGAAGGUGACUGCACAUCGUCGUUUGAUGCUUCUGGAACGAAGACUAACCCGUGACAAUAAUUUGAAGUUGGAGUACCAUGCAUUCAUGUCCGAUUACAUGGAACGAGGACACAUGAGGAAGGUUUCAGAAACAUCAGUGGAACCUAUCACUACCUACUAUCUCCCUCAUCACCCAGUGAUAAAAGACUCGAGCACGACUACCCGCGUCCGUGUUGUUUUUGAUGCGUCAUGUAAGUCCUCCUCUGGGAUUUCCUUAAAUGACACUCUUUUGAAUGGACCCAUUAUACAGGACGAUUUAAGAAGCAUCAUAAUGCGAAGUCGACUAUUCCCAAUUGUUUUAAUCGCCGACAUCGAAAAGAUGUUUAGACAAAUUUGGAUGGCUUCAGAGGAUUUGUCUCUUCAAAGAGUUUUGUGGCGGUUCGAUCCCGAACAACCCGUCGACGUUUACGAGUUGCUAACCGUUACAUAUGGUACAAAAACAGCUCCCUUUUUAGCUACCCGCACCCUCAAGCAAUUGUCCAUAGAUGAGGCUGCAAACUUCCCGUCAGUCGCUGGAAUACUUGCCAAGGACGUUUAUAUGGAUGACGUCAUUACGGGAGUGGAGAAUGUAGAUGAAGCCAAAUCCACCAGGAAGGCCUUAGAUAGCAUGCUGCAAACGGCAGGGUUUCGCCUGCGAAAAUGGAUAUCCAACAACCAGAAGGCGUUAGAAGGAAUCGAUGAAGAAAACUUAGCGAUCCCUCAAGAAAAGCGACUCGAUUAUGACGACGAACAGACAGUGAAAACCUUAGGUUUGGUUUGGCAACCAACCACAGAUACUUUUCGUUUAAAAAUUGAUUGUGUUGCGAUACCAGGAGACGAAAUAACAAAACGUAAUGUGCUCUCCUGUAUUGCCAAAAUCUUUGACCCGUUGGGCUUCGCAGGACCAGUCAUCACUAGCGCGAAAAUCCUAAGGCAAAGGAUCUGGGAAACGAAAAAUAUUAAGAACAAACCGUUAGACUGGGAUGAAGUCUUACCUCAGCCGUUGUUAGGAACAUGGAUGGAACUCUAUUCUCAAAUACCUAUGUUAAAUGAUUUACGUAUACCUAGAUUCAUUCUCCAAUGUAAACCCGUUACAAUCCAGCUUCAUUAUUUUUCAGACGCCUCGGAAAAGGCAUUCGGCGCCUGUGCAUAUAUCCGUUCACAGGACGAAAACGGAAAAAUUAAAAUCUCUCUCAUUACCUCCAAAUCACGAGUUGCGCCGUUGAAGCGUCAAACGAUCCCACGGUUGGAACUGUGUGGAGCACGUAUCGCGGUCGAGCUGCAUGAAAAAAUAACUGCGUCGUUUAACGCCAUCUAUGAAGCAUAUUUUUGGACAGAUUCUAAUACUGUUUUGCAGUGGCUUGCUCAGCCACCUAGCACUUGGACUACGUUUGUGGCUCACCGUGUCUCAUUUAUCCAGCAUUCAACUAGGAAUUGUCAUUGGUAUCACGUGCCAGGUGUGGAGAACCCGGCAGACCAUCUGUCCCGGGGAUUACUGGCGGAACAACUGGUGCAGAAUUCUUCGUGGUGGAGUGGUCCCCCAUGGUUGGCCAAAAAUAGAGAUUAUUGGCCGUAUCAACGAAGGUCUGAUGAGUAUGCAGAAGUUAUAGAAAAAGAAAAAAAGAAAACCGUUGCAGCUGUUGCUGAGAUUCCCACGAAUUCAUUUUUAUGUUGGUAUUUAUCUAAAUUCUCAGAUUACGCAAAACUGUUACGUAUCACAGCAUAUUGCAGACGAUACAUGCGGAAUAUUGAAAUUCCCGAAAAAGAAAGAAAAUGCUCAAUACCACUAUCCACGCAAGAGCUAACCGACGCCGAAUUAUGUCUUAUUAAACUGGUCCAACAGGAAGCCUUUGAAAAGGAAUUCACUGCUCUAACGAGAGGUGAAGCUGUGCAUCGUGCAUCUAAAAUUCGAUGGUUCAAUCCCAAACUCACGGAAGAUGGAAUUAUUCGGAUUGGAGGACGAUUACUAAAUUCCGAUAGUUCAACUGACUUCAAACAUCCCGGAAAUCACCUAUUCUCAAAGCUUCUUGCGAGAAGUUAUCACCUACGCUUACUCCAUGCUGGAUCACAGCUCAUGCUUAAUUCAAUAAGACUACGUUUCUGGAUUUUAGGUGGACGAAGGAUAUGUCGACUAGUGACACAUCAAUGUAUCACUUGUUAUCGUGCGAAGCCAUUACUACAACAGCAAUUCAUGGGCCAACUUCCAGCACAACGAAUCGUUGCCGCGAGACCGUUUUCGACAACAGGCAUAGAUUAUUUCGGGCCUGUGUACAUAAAGCAAGGUUAUAAGAAAAGCUUAAUUAAAGCGUAUGUAUCCGUCUUCGUUUGCUUUUGUACAAAGGCGGUACAUCUGGAGCUAGUGUCCGGCCUUUCCACCGCGAAAUUUCUCCAGGCACUUCGUCGUUUUACGGCACGUCGUGGAAAACCGGCCGAAAUAUUUUCCGAUAACGGAACAAACUUUGUGGGCGCUCGAAAGGAGUUAGCAGAAUUAAUAAGCAACCUAAGCAAUCGCAAAUAUCACGAAGCAAUUCAGCAAGAAUGCAGUACGAGUGGAAUAUCCUGGCACUUCAUUCCGCCUGGGGCACCCCACUUUGGCGGGCUUUGGGAAGCCGCCGUUCGUUCCGCUAAGAAACACCUCCUCCGCGUAAUAGGGUAUUCCUCCGUAUCAUAUGAAGAUUUCCUAACACUUCUAGUCCAAAUAGAAGGUUGUCUAAAUUCCAGACCGCUAACACAGCUGUCAGAUGACCCUGAUGACCUCCAACCGCUGACGCCAGCUCACUUCCUCGUCGGCACAUCACUGGAUGCACUUCCCGAUUCCGAUUAUACCUCUACACCGAGCAACCGAUUAUCACAUUGGCAGCUCAUUCAGCAGCAACAACAACAUUUUUGGCGUCGAUGGCGAGUCGAAUACCUUUCGCAGCUCCAAGCACGCGUCAAAAAUUGGAAGCCUCCGAUCACUAUACAGCCCGGGAGAUUGGUUAUUAUGGUCGACGAAAAUCAACCACCGAUGAGAUGGCGAAUGGCCCGUAUUCAUCAAGUUCAUCCUGGCAGUGACGGGGUAAUUCGAGUCGUCACACUGCGUACUGCAACAGGAUUCCUGAAGAGACCGGUCACCAAAAUAUGCAUGCUCCCUCUUCCUGCUAUGGACGAUCAGCAUAUGGAAAAAUCGUCAACAUUAUCUGAAAUUAAGUAA